AUGGCCGCGGACGACGGCGGCCGGCACGGGUGGAUGUUCCAGGAGGAGGCUGACUGGUACAACGAGGUCGUCCUCGGCGCCGUCGUGCCGGGCGACUGGUGGCGCAGGCUGCCACACCCGCUGCGGUCCUGGCUGCGCAACACCGUUGGCGUCUACCUUAUCUACUUCAUCUCCGGCUUCCUAUGGUGCUUCGUCAUCUACUACUGGAAGCGCACCGCCUACAUCCCCAAAGAUUCUAUUCCUACGAUGGAAGCUAUGAAGAAGCAAAUAGUUGUUGCAUCUAAGGCAAUGCCUUUCUACUCUGUUCUUCCAACAAUAUCAGAGUACAUGACUGAGAGUGGAUGGACACAAUGUUUCUUUCAUAUAAGCGACAUUGGUUGGCCAAUGUAUCUUAUCUAUCUAUUUUUAUAUCUCACAUUUGUGGAGUGUGGAAUUUACUGGAUACACAGAGUAAUGCACGACAUAAAGCCAUUAUACAAGCACCUGCAUGCAACCCACCACAAAUAUAACAAGGAAAAUACGCUAUCACCAUUUGCGGGACUAGCAUUCCAUCCAGUGGAUGGGAUUCUGCAGGCACUCCCACACAUGUUUGCUCCUUUCGUUCUCCCAACACACUUCAGGAGUAACAUUGCUCUCUUGUUCAUGGAGGCUAUCUGGACAGCUAAUAUCCAUGACUGCAUUCAUGGCAAGAUUUGGCCAGUGAUGGGUGCUGGUUAUCACACAAUUCAUCAUACAACUUACAAGCAUAACUAUGGCCACUACACCGUCUGGAUGGAUUGGUUGUUUGGAACCCUUCGUCAGCCGGAGGUUAUUUUCAAGAUGGAUUAA